AGUCGGACGCGUUGAAGUCGCGGAGCUUCGCCGGAUUCGGCAGCGACUCCAUGGAGAAAGGUGCUUCGAGGAGACGGCCAUCCAGAGGUCGGCCCAAGGGCCCCGCAGAGUCCGCGCGCCGGAGCUCCUCGGCGCCGGCGGCCCGGCCUCGAUGGGAGCCCAAGGUGCAGGAGCCCGAGGCGAAGCCCCGGCGCCGGGCGGCCUCCACCGGCCGCACCGCGCGAAGGCCGCGGCCAACGCCCACGCGGAAGAUGGACUGGGGCCACCCGCAAGGCAAGAAGUUCGAGGAGCUGAAGGUGGACAGCAAAGUUGACGGUGUAGUCGUGAAUACCGGCGACUACGGCGUUUUUGCUGACAUUGGCUUCGAGCAGAACGUCAUUUUGGCAAUACCUAGAAGGUUUUGGAGACGUUUCCGCCGUGGCGAUGUACUAGAGGACCUACAAGUGCUGUCAGUCGACCUCAAGCUUCGCCGCGCCUCAGUCACACUGCAGGAUGUGGAGCAAGCCCUGAUAGCUGGCCGUGUUCCCUUGGAGGAGCUCCAGGAGGGGAACUACUUGAACGGAGUGGUGGAUACCAAGAACCAGUACGGUAUCUUCGUGAACAUCGGCGUGGACCGCUGCCACGGCCGGUUGCAGUUGCCCCGAGCCAUCGGCAGCAGACUUCUCCGGGGCCAGGUGGUGCGAGAUUUGUGCAUUGCCACUGUGGAUGUCGAGCGCAAGCGAGUGCGGCUCAUCGUCGACGACGUGGAAGCGGCCAUUGAGGACCCGGAGAUGGUGUCCUUGCGGGCGAUGACGUCAGAUCCGGAGAGCAGUGAUCCAAAGGUAGAUCCUGCAUCGCACCCAGCGCCACCCACGUCCAAGGAUGCUGAAAAGCCGAAGGAAAAGCUGAAGGAAAAGCCGAAGGAGGAGGUCCGGGAGCAGCACUUGGAAGUGGGUGAGCUGGUGGAUGGCAUUGUGGUUGCCAUCAACGCCAAAGGAGUUUGGGUUGACAUUGGCGGGCCGCAGCGCGGAUUGCUGGAGGUGUCUGCGGAACUGAAGAGCGAGUUCCAGCGAGGGGACAGCGUUCAGGGCAUGCGAGUGGAGGAGGUGACCGCGGAGGGCAUGCCGAUCCUGUCAAUGGACAAUCCUGAGCUGGAGGUUUAAGACACCUGGAGCCGAAGGCCGCAGGACCUCAGGUCCUUUGCAAGGGCAGCGGACGGAUCCUGAGCGGUUGCCGUGUUGCGCGCGUCAACCACGCGGCAAGACGUGAACUGAAUUUAAUGUGAGCUGCGAGUUUCUCAAUUCUCAUCCCGACAAGGUUUAUGG